GAAAUAACCGCCUAAAACUGAUAACCCUAAUUGUGGAAUAUCAAUUUAAAUAAUUAUUUGCAUUAACUGGCGUCGUUUGUGUGUCGUUCUUUUGAAUUAAUUUUUGCAUGAGAAUCUGAUUGGAGUCCAGUUGCUUUCCAACAUCAGUGCUUAAAUUCAUAAAAGAGGUUACCUACCUGUUGCUUCUUAACCUUCAAAUAAAACGCCUAGAAUAAAAUAUUUAAUAAAUCAGUUAUUUGAUUAACAAUGAAUAAAAAAGUGUUAGUGAUCGGUUCAGGGGGGCGCGAACAUGCUCUUAGUUGGAAGUUGUCAAAUUCACCUCGUGUUGAAAAGCUUUUUGUAGCCCCCGGCAGUCCAGGGAUAAGUAGACUCAAUAAAACUACUAUUGUUCAAGAUUUGAACAUAAAAGAUCAUAAGGAAGUUGCAAAUUGGUGUAAGAAAAAUAACAUUGACUUAGUGGCAGUAGGUCCUGAAGAUCCUUUAGCUUUGGGUUUGGCAGAUGUUUUAUGUGCUGAAAAAAUACCUUGUUUUGGCCCUUCAAAAGCCGGGGCACGUAUAGAAUCUGAUAAGGACUGGUCGAAAGCAUUUAUGAUAAAACAUGGUAUUCCUACAGCUAAAUAUCAGUCGUUCACAGAAGCUAAUGCUGCUAAAGAAUUUAUUAAAAGUGCCAAAUAUAAAGCCCUUGUAGUAAAAGCAAGUGGACUAGCUGCAGGUAAAGGUGUUACUGUAGCGAGCAAUGUAGAAGAAGCAUGUGCGGCCGUUGAUGAAAUCUUGGGUAACAAAAAAUUUGGAAGUGCUGGCGAUAUAGUUGUCAUUGAAGAGCUACUCAGUGGAGAAGAAGUCUCAGUUCUAGCAUUCACUGAUGGAAAUACAGUGAAAGUAAUGCUACCAGCACAAGAUCACAAACGACUUCUAGAUAAAGACCUUGGUCCAAACACUGGGGGAAUGGGUGCUUAUUGCCCUUGCCCCUUAAUAUCCGAUAAUGAUUUGGAACAAGUAAGCGCUGUUCUAGAAACUGCAGUCAAAGGACUGAAGAAGGAUGGCAUUAGUUAUUGUGGUGUACUAUAUGCUGGUAUGAUGCUAACUAAAGAUGGACCCAAAACUUUAGAGUUUAAUUGUCGCUUUGGAGACCCAGAAACUCAAGUUUUAAUGCCCUUGCUGGAAUCUGAUCUAUACACAAUAAUGGAGGCUUGCUGUAAUCAAACAUUAAAUAAAGUUGAUAUAAAAUGGAAAAAAGAUAUGAGUGCUGUGGGAGUAGUAAUGGCAAGUAAAGGAUAUCCUGAAACAUCUACAAAAGGGUGUAUUAUUAAAGGCUUGGAAAAUGUUGAAUCUCGUGAAAGCCAUGUAGUAUUUCACAGUGGCAUUGCAAGAACUCCUGAAGGCAAUGGAUUCCAAACAAAUGGUGGCAGGGUUCUUAUAGUUGUUGUAACUAACCAAGAUUGCAAAUUGGCUUCUAGAAUUGCCACAAAUUCCUGUCAGGAUAUAACUUUUGAUGGGGCUCAAUAUAGAAAGGACAUUGCUCACAAAUCAUUCAUAAAAGAGGGUUUAUCUUAUAAAGAUAGUGGCGUUGAUAUUGAUGCUGGUGAUGCAUUGGUACAAAAAAUUAAACCUAUGGCUAAGAGCACUGACAGACCAGGAGUUAUUGGCGGUCUUGGUGGUUUUGGAGGAUUGUUUCAAUUGAAUCAGGUAACUUACAUAAACAAGGAUGGUAACAGAGUUACUUAUAAGGACCCUGUACUGGUUCAAGGUGCAGAUGGUGUGGGCACCAAACUAAAAAUUGCUGAAGAGACUGGCUUGUAUGAUACGAUAGGUGUGGAUUUAGUAGCAAUGUGCGUAAAUGAUGUUCUGUGUGCUGGAGCUCAGCCAUUAGCCUUCUUGGAUUAUUUAGCAUGUGGGAAAUUAGAAGUUGAUGUGGUUGCAUCUAUUGUUUCAGGGAUUGCUAAAGCUUGCAAAGAAACUAAUUGCGCUUUGCUAGGUGGUGAAACUGCAGAAAUGCCUAGUAUGUAUGACUCAGGUAAAUAUGAUAUGGCUGGAUUUUGUGUAGGUGUUGUAGAAUAUGAUAAUAUGCUGCCAAAAGUAAAUGAAAAUCAAACCAGGAGAUAUUGUUAUGGGUUACCGUCUAGUGGUGGGCAUAGCAAUGGGUUUAGCUUAGUUCAUAGAAUUUUAAAUAUAAUUGGUAAAACAUAUAAUGACAUUGCACCCUUUUCUGAUAAAGGAAAUACAAUUGGAGUUGAACUUCUGACCCCUACAACACUAUAUGUAUCGCAGGUGCUUCCUAUAAUACAUAAAGGAUUAGUCAAAGGAAUUGCUCACAUCACAGGUGGAGGAUUAGUUGAAAAUAUUCCAAGGAUUUUACCAGAAGACGUUCAAGUUGUACUAGACCUUAACAAAUGGAGAAUUCCUAGUAUAUUUGCGUGGUUAUAUAAAAUGGGCAAUGUAACAGAACCAGAAAUGCUACGAACAUUCAAUUGUGGUAUAGGUUUGAUUUUAGUUGUACCAUUUGAAUCUAAAAAUGAGGUUUUAUCUAUGUUACAAAAUUUUGAUGGAAUUGAAAUUGGCAGAGUGGAAGCAAGAGUCAAAUCAAAUAAACAAGUCAUAAUUCAAAACUUUGCAAAUGUUUUCGAUGAUUUGGGAAAGAAAUAUGAAAAUAGUUCACAAUUAAAAACUAUAUCUUAUAAAGAUAGCGGUGUAGAUAUUGAGGCCGGAGAAGCAUUAGUGACAAAUAUAAAACCAUUAUGCAGAUCUACGAAUAGACCGGGCGUUAUUGGCGGCUUAGGUGGUUUUGGGGGUUUAUUUAGGGUCAAUGACGCUUCAUAUGUAAAAAAUAAUGUUGCCACAAGAUACAAGGAUCCAAUAUUAGUGAUGGGUACUGAUGGAGUAGGAACUAAAUUAAAGAUAGCUCAAGAAAUGAACAUUCACAACAGUGUUGGAAUUGAUCUAGUUGCAAUGUGCGCUAAUGAUAUUUUAUGCAAUGGUGCUGAGCCAUUAACUUUUUUGGAUUACUAUGCUUGCGGAAGACUGGAUGUAAACAUAGCUUCAAAAGUUUUAGAUGGAAUUUCUGAAGGAUGCAGACAAUCUGGAAGUGCUUUGAUAGGAGGAGAAACUGCUGAAAUGCCAGGCAUGUAUCGUCCUGGUAUUUAUGACUUAGCCGGGUUUUCUUUGGGUAUAGUUGAGAAUGAACUCAUAUUACCAAAGACACAAACCAUUAAACCCGGAGAUUUAUUAAUUGGUUUACCAUCUUCUGGUGUGCAUAGCAAUGGAUUUAGUUUAGUACAUAAAGUUUUAGAUAAAUAUGGUUAUAAAAUAAGUGAUCCUGCACCAUUCAGUGCGUCUGGAAAGAGUUUUGGUGAUGAAUUGCUUUCUCCAACUAAAAUAUAUACAUCAGCCGUGCUACCUGCUUUAAGAACAGGAUUAGUUAAAGCAUUAGCUCAUAUAACUGGAGGUGGCCUAGUAGAAAAUAUUCCUAGAGUGUUAACAAAAAAUCUACAAAUUGUUUUAGAUGCAAAUAGUUGGAAUAUACCACCAGUAUUUGCUUGGCUGCAUGAAACAGGAAAAAUUAAUAUUUAUGAAAUGUUACGCACCUUCAACUGUGGAUUGGGAUUAGUACUAAUUGUUCCAAAGGAAGCAGAAAUGGAAAUUUUAGCACAAAUGUGCGGUCAUGGAGCUACUACUAUAGGAUUUGUUAAAGCCAGAGAGACAAAUUCGACACAAGUCAUUGUUAAUAAUUUUGAAAAGAAUAUUUCUCUAGUAAACAAGUCUUUAAAUAUAAAGAAAAAGGUGGCUGUUUUAAUUUCUGGAACUGGUAGCAAUUUACAAGCUCUGAUAGAUGCUUCAAAGGAUUCAUGUUCUGGAUUAGGAGUGGAAAUAGUUUUAGUAAUAUCUAAUAAACCUGAUGUUUUGGGGUUGGACAAAGCGAAGAAAGCAGGAAUAGAAACAAAAGUCAUAAAGCAUAAAGACUAUCCUUCAAGAUUAGAAUUUGAUAUGGCAGUACAUCAAGAGCUGAUUAAAUUUGGUGUGGAAAUUGUUUGCUUGGCAGGAUUUAUGCGUAUAUUAUCACCAGAGUUUGUUAGAUUAUGGAAAGGAAAAAUGCUUAAUAUACAUCCUUCUCUUUUGCCUAAAUAUAAGGGAGCGGAUGGAAUAAAACAGGCAUUUGAAUCUGGUGAUAAAUAUACUGGAUGCACUGUUCAUUUUGUUGAUGAGGGUGUUGAUACUGGAUCAAUUAUAGUUCAAGAAAUUGUGCAUAUUUUUCAUGAUGAUACAAUGGACAGUUUAAGCAAUAGGAUUCAUAAAGCAGAACAUAAGGCCUUUCCAAGAGCAUUACGCUUGGUUGCUACAGGAGCUAUACAAUAUCAAUAAGUAC